UAUGUUGAGAAAAAAGUGAUUUUGUUUUUAUUUAAGCCAAAUCAUUUGACAAAAAAAACAUAGAUAGAUACAAUGCCAUCACCAACAUUGAAUCAUAUCGAAUGUGUAUCGUGUCAUCAAGCAUCAUUAGAUAAUUGGCAUAAAAUCGAACGUUAUUGUAAUUGUUAUUGGCAUCAAUCAUGUUUGACACGUAUUAUUCAACAUCGUCAACAAACACAUUGUCCAAAUUGUCGUGAAUCAUUUCAAAAAACUGGCCUAUGUCGUAUCGUAAAACAAGUUCGUCCAUUUAUGGAUUUUUUCUGUACACCUGGUGCAUUCGCUUUGUUAACUAUAUUUUUGAUGGUAUUCUCCUAUGGAUUACAAUUUUUAUUGAUCAUUACAACAAGUUAUUCAAUGGCAAGCGCAAUGAAUUAUAGUAAAAUUGUUCAAUUUAUCAUUUUUAUACCGGGAAUAAUAUAUGAUUUUUAUUAUAUUCUUUGUUUAAUCAUUACAAUAUCAAUUAUGAUUACAUUGUUUCGUUUUUGGCGUGAAGAAAAUCCAAUCAUUGUUAUUGAAUGGAUACCAGCAAAUACAACAUCAACAUCAACAUCGACUACAACAAACGUUGUUCGUACUCAACCAGAUGUUCCAUCCAGUUCGAGUAGUAGUGAUGCACAAACCAUACCAAUCAUAGUUACUAGCCGAAAUAAAAAUCCAAAUCGAUCAAAGAAUCAACCAAUAUCGAAAUCGGUUAUUGUAAAGAUAACAUCAUAAUUUUAGCGUUUUCUUCUUCUAAUAUCGAUUCCUUUUUUUGUCAAAUUCCAAAUUCAUAAUGGCCACGUGGUUUCGGCAUGGUUGACACGCUGAACC